AUUGGUUACCGACAGUCACAAUUUGGGCAGAGCUUCCCCUUACAAUUCACAAUAAGUAAUGAAUACUCGAACUUUUUUUUUUUUUUUUUUUGCGCCCAAGCAAGGGAAUGGGCUACCCUCCGGGAUAACGACGGGAGGGAGGUGGUGAAAGCUGAUUAUUACCAAAAUAAAAAAGAAUUUGUAGUAGUCGUUAUAUGAUGGGUACUGUCUUGGAAAAACUAUGUUUUAUUAGGUCAAUACUGAUUCAAGUGUUCUUUAAAGUAAAGUGAUAGUUUUGUAAAAUAACAUUUCAGACAAAGUAAUCAAUAACAGAAGUUAUAUAAAUGUAAUACUUAAUUGGGAUAUCUUAUGGCGCUCCAUGAUAUUUAUAGUGCUUGUUAAUUGUGGUGGAUUGCUGAAAAUAAUACUAAUGAGCUAGUUCGUACAGAUUUUUUAUAUAUUUUAUUAAGAAAAGCACAUAAAGGUACAUAUAAGAUUAAUAAAAUUGUAGUCAGAUAUGCUAUCCAGAUCUUACCAAGUAAAACUUUGAGGUAUACAAUGCUAAGUACAUACAUAGAAAAAGUUUAUACAAUACUAAUUGAAAUUAAAGAGAAAUAAAAAAUGUUCUAAAUUAUGGCUAGGUGGAGUUUUGUUUUGGUUAACUGUUAAUGCUGAUGAUGGCAGAUUUCAUAGAACUUUAAUAUGGAAGGGAGGACAAAUGAGCGUACCUACUGGUCACCUGAUAUUAAGUGAUCACCGCCGCCGACAUUUACCUGUGGUAGUAGUUCCCAGAUAUAUCACAGGAGCGUUGCCGGCUUUUCAGACGCACUUCUUAACAUACUCUAAUUACUUACUUAUUUUAAUUAAUUAUUAGAAGCGCUACUUAUGUAAAACUAUAAUGACUUUCGUCUUACGCUUAUUUCUUGUGAUAACAUUCAUAUAACGUCUUCACAGAUAUAAUAUUAUGUUUUAUUUUUAUAUUUGUAUUAUUCAGCUGUUCGUAUUAAAUUUGCAAAAUUUUUAUUGUUUAAAUUUAGAAUAAUUAAUAAAUGAUUAGUGUAUGAUUAAUUGUGUAUCUAAUGUUACUUACCUACUCAUACAUCGUCCUGGACACUGUCCACGCAGGAAUCUGGUCAAACAGGUCUUCUGUACACUCCUCUGAUAAAUGCGGUCUCUACGCUAAGUGAAGUGCUCAAGCCGUUCACAGAGCACUGGAUCCCGACAAUUCGAGCAGCUUCGCGAUGGGCGCGGUGAAAUGGUUCGAGCUCAUAAUGGGGGCGCCUGAUCGGAGAUACUACUGACGAAGCAAAUCAUGUUGGAGGCGUUCAAGUUAUAAUGCAGAAGAAACAGUGUAGGAGAUAGCACACAACCUUGUGGUGGGAUCAAGCAAUCUUGCUUUCGAUAGCCACCACCUAUUUGUUUGAUACACGGUACAUAUAUAUCAGAAUAUCGUCAACCUAUCAACCAUGGUGAAAGGCGUACUCUCGUUCGUUUAUUAACUGGUGACCCUCGGUCUGGCGCUUAGUUAUGCUUUCUAUAAUUUUGGAGAGCGGGAAGAUAAUAGCAAUAGCCAUGUAGUUCGCCGGAUUCGAGCAGUUACCUUUUUUUGGUAUCGUAUGGACAAGGGCUGACUUCCAAGAGUCGCUUUCGAAAACGCCGAAAAUUUGCGUGUUCCAGACGGGUAGCUUAAUUUUUAUUUUGUAGCCGGGGUAGGCCGUAGGUAUGUUGAAUACACUGUAGCGCUCGGUCGAGCUACUUGCGUUAUCGUAAAGAAUAACAAGACACACUGCGGCCUGCGCCGUCUCAAGGUGGUGUUGGACGGUGUUUUAGUUGAAGUGGAUUCCGCUGUUGCAAAAGUCCGCAAUAAGCGUGGAACUGCGUUCCGAGUAGUUGUUGUCUCAUAUGUCCUCUGUAAUACGUGGUAAUUUGACCUUCUUAAUUCUACUAAUUCUUAUUAUUAAGAAUAUUUAUUAUUUUCACCUACCAUAAUAUUGCAGUGUUACAUAAAAUUAUUGAGCUCAUAUAUUUGGAUCAUCUGUAUAAAAGGAAUGUUUUUAUCGAAUAAGACACUUGACAGGUGUCAAACAGAAUGUCAAAGCCAAAAAUUUUGGUGUUGAGUUGAAUUUGAAUAACACUUUGUAUGAUUGUGGUGCUUUGUGCUUAUUAAAAAUUUAAAUCGUACUAUCAAAUAAAGUCUGUUAAAUUAUUAUAUAAAGGUGUUUAAAUAUAAAUUAUCUACUCCUGUUUUUCGACCCAUGUAUGACAAUCUGCAAGCAGUUCCUGAAUAGGUGCUAACAGCAGUCAGCACCGAUGCUUUAGUGCGGCGGCAAGAGUAACCAGUUGCGAUGUCGUCCGUCAAGGUGGCGGUGAGGGUGCGUCCCUUCAACUCGCGGGAGAUCGCCCGCGAGUGCAAGUGUAUCAUCGAGAUGUCGGGGAACACGACAGUUAUCCAGAAUCCAAAAGCUCUGCCAGGCAACAAGGAGCCUCCUAAAAGCUUCAACUUUGACUUUUCAUAUUGGUCGCACAAUCAAAGCGACCCGGAGUUCUCAUCUCAAGUGAUGGUGUACAAAGACAUCGGAGAAGAAAUGCUGCAGCAUGCUUUCGAUGGUUACAAUAUAUGCAUAUUCGCAUACGGUCAGACGGGCGCAGGCAAGUCGUACACGAUGAUGGGUCGCGGGGAGGAGGGGCAGGAGGGAAUCAUACCGCAGAUCUGCAAGGACCUCUUUAGACGUAUCCGUCAGACAACCUCCGAGGACCUCACCUACUCGGUGGAGGUUUCGUACAUGGAAAUCUACUGCGAGAGAGUUCGUGAUCUUCUUAACCCAAAGAACAAGGGAAACCUCCGGGUCCGAGAGCAUCCUGCCCUGGGACCGUACGUCGAGGAUCUCAGCAAGCUGGCUGUUAUGUCGUACCAGGAUAUUUAUGAUCUUAUUGAUGAGGGGAAUAAAGCGAGGACGGUGGCAGCCACUAACAUGAACGAGACGUCGUCUCGCUCGCACGCCGUGUUCACAAUAUUCUUCACUCAGCAGCGAUACGACAAGACGACCAACUUGGUCUCAGAAAAGGUCUCGAAGAUAUCACUGGUAGAUCUGGCAGGGUCAGAGCGCGCGGACUCCACCGGCGCUAAGGGGACACGCCUCAAGGAAGGCGCUAAUAUCAACAAGUCACUCACUACGCUCGGGAAAGUCAUCUCGGCGCUCGCGGAAAUUGCGUCCAAGAGCAAGAAGUCGAAGAAGGCGGAUUUCAUUCCGUACCGCGAUUCUGUUCUGACUUGGCUGCUGCGAGAGAACCUGGGCGGUAACUCGAAGACCGCUAUGAUCGCCGCCAUAUCGCCGGCAGAUAUCAACUACGACGAGACGCUCAGUACUCUCAGAUAUGCCGACCGCGCCAAACAAAUAGUUUGCAAAGCCGUGGUCAACGAAGAUGCUAAUGCGAAACUCAUUCGCGAGCUCAAGGAAGAGAUCUUCAAACUUCGCGAACUGCUUAAAGCCGAAGGCAUCGACGUCGAAGAAGGACCAGAUGGUCGAGUCGUUUAUGAAAAGAAAGAACAGACUGCGACAGGGGAACCGUCGCCGAUGCGCAAGAAGAGUGAAGAGGAAGUGUUGUCUCCAAAGCUGUCCCGAGCUGCGACCACCAUCGCCGAAGAAGCGGUGGAUCAGCUGCAGGCUUCUGAGAAGCUCAUUGCUGAAUUGAAUGAGACUUGGGAGGAGAAGUUGAAACGUACUGAACAGAUCCGGGUUCAACGCGAAGCGGUGUUUGCCGAGAUGGGUCUAGCGGUGAAGGAGGGUAUCACCGUCGGCGUGUACUCGCCAAAGAAGACCCCUCAUCUGGUGAACCUUAAUGAGGACCCUAAUCUGUCUGAAUGUCUCAUCUAUUACAUAAAAGAUGGUAUUACCCGUGUGGGCACGGCCGAAGCCAACGUCCCGCAAGACAUACAGCUGUCGGGCGCCCACAUCGUGAGCGAGCAUUGCAUCUUCGAGAAUACGGACGGCGUUAUUUGCUUGAUCCCUCACCGUGGCGCACUCGUCUAUGUCAAUGGGCGUGAGGUUACGGAGCCGAUCAUACUGAAGACGGGAUCCCGGGUCAUCCUGGGCAAGAACCAUGUGUUCCGCUUUACUCACCCCGGGCAGCCGCGCGAGGAACGUGUCUCCAACAAGGAGAUCACAGGCCCCGCCCUCAACAAUGAGAGUGAGAAAGACAGUGACACGGAAACCGUGGACUGGGAUUACGCCCAAGUGGAACUUCUGGAGAAGCAGGGGAUAGAUCUGAAGGUAGAGAUGCGCAAGAGGCUGGUGGCGCUCGAGGAGCAAUUCCGCAAGGACAAGGAGCAUGCCGACCAGCAGUUCGAGGAACAGAGGAAGAACUACGAGGCUCGCAUCGACGCCCUGCAGCGCCAGGUGGAGGAGCAGAGCGUUACAAUGUCCAUGUACAGCUCCUACACCCCCGAGGACUUCCACAACGAUGAGGACAUAUUCGUCAACCCGCUGUUUGAGACGGAGUGCUGGUCUACGCGUGAGGUGGGUCUGGCCGCGUGGGCUUUCCGCAAGUGGAAGUACCACCAGUUCACGUCGCUGCGGGACGAUCUGUGGGGGAACGCCAUAUUCCUCAAGGAAGCGAACGCGAUAUCGGUGGAGCUACGCAAGAAGGUGCAGUUCCAAUUUACACUGCUGACCGACACGCCGUAUUCACCGCUUCCCGCCGAACUGGCGCCGCGCGACGACGCCGACGACGAGUUCCGACUGAGCGCGCCCACAGUGGUCGCUGUCGAAGUCACCGACACCAAGAACGGAGCCACUCAUUACUGGACGCUCGAGAAGUUGAGACAUCGUCUGGAGCUGAUGCGACAGAUAUACAAUAUGAACGAGACUUCGCACUCGGAGGAGGAAGAGUCGCCGUCCGCACAGGAACCGACCGCAUUUCCGUUUCCGUCGGAAAAGUCCGAUGAUAUACUGCAGUGCAUAUCAGCGUGCGCGCAACAAACACGCCUCUCACUUGCCAAUCUGCUGCCUUCGAGACAACGGCUGGAGUUAAUGCGUGAGAUGUACCACAACGAGGCUGAACUGUCGCCCACGUCGCCAGACCACAACAUUGAGUCGGUGACAGGAGGGGAUCCCUUCUACGACAGGUUCCCCUGGUUCCGUCUUGUUGGAAGGAGCUUCGUGUACCUUUCGAAUCUCCUCUACCCCGUGCCGCUGAUCCACAAGGUGGCCAUCGUAAAUGAGAAGGGAGACGUGAAGGGGUACCUCAGGGUCGCAGUGCAAGCCGUGCUCGAUGCUGAGAAAAAUAAUGCGGACUUCGUAGCGGGCGUGAAGCAAUCUGCGAAGAUAUCGUUCGACGACGACAUAGUGCCGUCUCGCUCGCGCCUCAAGACCCUGUCCAACGUUGAGAAGAACAACGCACUCAAUCUCGAGGACAGAUCCGAUCAGGAUUCUAACAUUAAGAUUGAAGAGCUGGCCAACGCGGAUUGUGACAACGACAGCGGCCGCGGCGACAGUUCGCUGGCGUCCGAGCUCAAGGACGAGGAGCUGCCGGAGCACCUCACUCUGGGCAAGGAGUUCACCUUCCGUGUGACAGUGUUGCACGCGCACGGGGUGUCGGCAGACUACGCGGACGUGUUCUGCCAGUUCAAUUUCCUGCAUCGAAAUGAAGACGCGUUCUCAACGGAGCCCGUGAAAAAUGCAGGCAAAAAUACUCAUCUCGGAUUCUACCACGUUCAAAAUAUUACAGUGCCGGUGACCAAGUCAUUUGUUGACUAUAUCAAAACUCAGCCGAUCGUGUUUGAAGUAUUUGGACAUUAUCAACAGCAUCCACUCCAUAAGGACGCUAAACAAGACGGCCUGUUAGCACACGCGGGCCGCACCCCACCGCGUCGUAUGCUGCCUCCAUCGAUCCCGAUCUCUGCGCCCGUCCGCAGCCCCAAGUGGGGCGCUGCUAGCGUGGCCCCGCCCUGCUGCUCCUCCCACCUUCACUCCAAGCACGACCUGCUCAUCUGGUUCGAGAUAUGCGAGUUGGCGCCCAACGGGGAGUACGUGCCAGCGGUGGUGGAGCACAGCGACGAGCUGCCGUGUCGAGGACUGUUCCUGCUGCACCAGGGCAUCCAGCGCCGCAUUCGCAUCACCAUCCUGCACGAGCCCUCCUCCGACCUGGCCUGGACUGACGUCCGCGAGCUCGUCAUUGGUCGCAUCCGCAACACGCCGGAAGCGAGCGAGGAAACUGACGGAGAGGAGGAUGGGGCGCUGUCGCUAGGACUGUUCCCUGGAGAACGACCGACCCUUGAUGACCGCGCUGUCUUCAGGUUCGAAGCGGCUUGGGACAGCAGUCUGCACGGCUCGCCGCUGCUUAACAGAGUCAGUGCUAAUGGGGAAGUCGUCUAUAUAACGCUCAGCGCGUAUCUAGAGAUCGAGAAUUGCGGCCGACCCGCCAUUAUAACGAAGGAUCUAUCCGUGGUGGUGGUGGGACGCGAGGCACGCACCGGUCGCUCGCUCAAGCGUGCGCUGUUCGGAUCCAAGAUGGCGCGCGCCGACCGACUCACCGGCGUCUACGAGCUCAGUCUACACCGGGCGCUUGAACCUGGCGUACAAAGGCGACAGCGUCGUGUCUUGGACACCAGCGGCACGUACGUUCGCGGAGAGGAGAACCUCCACGGCUGGCGGCCCCGAGGCGACUCACUCAUUUUCGAUCAUCAGUGGGAGCUGGAGAAGAUGACACGCCUCGAGCAAGUUGGUCGCACUCGACAUUAUCUGGCACUGCGCGACAGACUUCGGCACGGACAUGAGAACACGGUGGCGCCCAACGACUUUACUAAGACCGAAAAGGAGGUGUCGAACAAAGCUGCUAAAGCUGCGUCCGAUUGCGCGCAGCACCGCGAAGAGAGCAUAUACGAGCCGUGGGACAUGACGCCCAAAGAGAAAGAACUCGCCACCAAGUUUAUCAAAAUUAUGCAGGGUCGGAUAGCUUCCGGGAGUGACAACCAGACCGCGGCGGGUGUCGCCGUGUCGCCCGCGACUCCGGUCGACGAGGGCGUGUCCGCAGACAUCUCCACACCGAGCCUGCUCUCUUCUAUCCACAGCGCUAGCAGCUUCGAACUGUGCUCGCCGGAGCGCGCGCUGCUGGAGAAGUCGAUGGCGGGAUGGUGCUGGGGCCCCGGCGGCGGGCCCGGCAGCGGGGCCCCCGGCGGCGGGGCCCUGUACGUGCCCGAGUGCGAGGAGGUGCGGGUGUCGGCGGCCGUGGCGCGGCGCGGACACCUCAACGUGUUGCAGCACGGCACGCACGGCUGGAAGAAGCGGUGGCUGGUCGUGCGGCGUCCGUACGUGUUCAUGUACCGCGAUGAACGAGACCCCAUCGAGCGAGCUCUCAUCAACCUCGCCAACGCGCACGUGGAGUACUCCGAGGACCAGGAGCAGAUGGUCCGCAUGCCCAACACAUUCAGUGUGGUAAGCAAAGAACGCGGUUACUUACUCCAGACGCUGGUGGAUAAGGAAGUCCACGAUUGGCUGUACGCCAUCAACCCUUUGCUCGCUGGACAGAUAAGGUGUACGCGCACAGGUCGCGGUCCGCCCGACGCGGGGCAAACGCCGCGACAACAGGGCUUGGGGGCAACGCGGGCAACAGUGAGGGCAACGGUGAGUACCACACCGGGGGCAACAUUGAGAGCGACGUCGGGGGAAAUUCGGGGGAAAAGACGUCCGCUUUGCUCCCACAACUCACCGCAUGAGACAUCCUCACAAUGGAGUCUAUACUCGUUUUUUAAAAGCGUCGCCGACAGUAGAGUCUACGCGCACAGACCACUCAGGGCCGUGCGCUCCGCUAGGUACUAGCGCCCCCAUCGCGAGCAUUCGACGCGGUUCGGUGGCACGCCGCAGGAUACUGCUCGCCCAUCGCACGAAAGAGACGGAGAAUGUAUACUUUCAUUAAUGUCGAUUUAGAGGAUUAAAAUCAAAUGAUAUAACCUCCUUAAAAUCGAUGUUAAAUGUAAGUAACGGGCUGGAUUUAUUUCGCAAACAGUACUGAUACUUUUUAAAUCAAAGUGUCAUACAACUUUCAGUUGAAAGGAACUGUUGCGAAUGACGUUAGCAAUAUUAUCGAAUCGCGUCGAACGAAAUUCCGUGCGUUGACGUUACGUGACUGGUUUGGUAGAAAGAAUAUGCCAAAGAUUUAGCCUUUAAGUUUAACAAGUUUAAACCAAUCGAAUUGUAGAAUUCAAUUAUUAAUUUGAUUGUUGUAUUCAGAGACAUCUAGCGGAAGAUGUUGAAAUUAGUUUACAAUUCAGAAAAGUUUGUAUAAAUAUUUAUAUCUUUUAAGUAUGACAAUUCAUUGGCAGUAUUAAUUGAAAUGCAUUUAAUGCGAUAUAUAAUUUUUGUUGACUGUUGAUGGUCAAGUGUGUGUUGGGACCAAACCGGUGCACUCAGAAAUUGUGACGGGGUAUGAAAGGUAUCUAAGUGGACGAAAUAAGAACAAUAAUCAUAAUGUAUCUUUAUAUGUAAUACCAUAUUAGAUUGGGCGCGCAUUAUCUAGCGGGACGCACAUUUAUAUAUAGUUUUUAUUAUAUUGUGUAUUUGUAUAACAUUUUAGACGAAUAUUAUAACCGUUAUUGUCUUUGCAUCAUUGUUAUUUAAUCGCCAAAUUUUCCCCUAUGUUGUUCUUGUAAUAGAGAUUUACAUUAUUUUUACUGAUGUAUUUUAACUUUUACUUAUGCUCGAUACAUAGUUUGUUUGUAUUUUAGCGUGUUAGCUAUGUAGUAGUUUGACGUGCAAAGACUAUAAUGCUAUAAUUAUAACUAUCUCUUUACUGACUGUGAUAACGUUGGGCAAUAUCGUCAGGAAAUAAGGAAAGUUUAAUUGACAUUGACUGUUUAUGCGAUCUGUAUUGACAUCACUGAUUGGUCAAGCUGCGUCUAUUGACGACGCUGAUUGGUCAAGCUGUGUGUAUUGACGACGCUGAUUGGUCAAGUUGCGUGUAUUGACUACGCUGAUUGGUGUCAUUGAAUAUUGUAGUUCUGACGUUAUUGCUACGGUUACAGAAUAUUACGUGCAAUAUGUUAACGUAGUAGGUCUUGAUGCUGCGCACAAAAAUAUGUAGUCGGCGAUCAUGUAUGGACUCCAUUAUUGUGAGGAAAAAUAUCGUGAAUGUUAGCAUAAAAAAUAUCUAUAGAUUUUCUUCUAAUGUUGCUAUGUUAUUAAAUGUAAUUAACCCUGUAUAUACGUAUGACCCGGAUCUUAAAUAUUCGAGGGUCACACCAGUUGAUUCAAUAUAGCUACUGUCUCCGUGAUGUCAUACGUAAAACUUUAUUUCUCUCUUAGUAAUUAUUGUAAAUAAAUUAUAUUGUAGUUAAAAUGUAGUUUAUGCGUUUCAAUCGAAUAUCAUUUUAUCAUAAUAUGUCCAUUUAUAUUGUUUUUGACAGUGUAUAUUUUUUCUUAAUUUAUUUUAUUGAAUUUGAUUGUAUAAAGUAGGUUAAUGUAACGUUAUUUGUGUAGAAGGUUAUCAUCCGUUUUGUUUGGAAGUGUCCAACGUCACAAAUGAUUCCGGAGUUCUCUAGUCAAGUACGCCGCGUAGGUACUGUGUGAUAGUUAGUGUUAACUUGAACAAGCUGUGUAUACAAUCAUCUUGUAGUUGGUUUAUAUCUCGACGUUUCAUUUCCCCACGCUUAACAAGCCUGAAGAUAUCUUGACAAAAUCAUAAUAUUAUAUAUUUUAUUCUUAAUUUUCUUCUGUCUCAGUGAUUACAAGCAAAUUCUUGCUAAAUAAAUUAGUUUUUGGUUUUCUGUAGGCUAUCAUUUCAAUACUUAAAUCGUUAACAAUAUGUAUGUAUAUAAAUUUUGAGAAUUGUAAUAUGAUAAGUAGAACACAGUGAAUGCAUAAUUUAAUUUAAUUCAACAUCCGAAGAUUUUAAAAUGUCGUUAUAGCAAAUAUACGACAUGCAUUAGCCACUGUCCUGUCGCUUUUAGAAAUGGUCUUUGUAUUUUAAUCAAUAUCAAAUAAUUUUAUUGCAGUAGCUCUAAGUAAUGUUUCAAGGAGGAUUUAUAAGCUUAAGUGAUUCUGGUCGUUGUAAAUAACUUAAUUCGUUUUAUUACAAAUUGUUCAUGUUCAUAAUGCUUUUGUUGUGUUGAAAUCUUUUGGACUUGACUUGGGAGCCGUAGAAGUAACAGCUUAAAUUAUUAAAAAUAAUAAAAUAAAUGUUAUAGACGUUAAUCUUAAAGUUUCAUAUUUCUGUGUUAUUUCUGAAUAUAUUCUUACCGGAACUAUUCGAUUUCGAAUGCUUAUCGGCGAAUUUGAUAAUACUAAUAAUUGUAAUACGACAUGUUAGUGUUUUAUGUUAUUAGAUUAUUGAAGUUUGUACAUUUAUUUUUGGUUCUUUUAAUGUUUUCGUACCUCAUUAAUUUAUUGAUCUCAAAUAAACGUUCUCUAUAUUAUUAUGGUUUAGUUAUUGACAUAACAUUCCGGUUGUAUUUUCGUGUCGAAUAUUUUAGGGUUAAUUGUAUUUUGCAAAGCAAAAGUACGUAGUAAAUGUUGACGGGAGUACGUUGGGUGUUAUAUUUCCGUUGUAAUUUCUUUCCGUGGAACUUAUUUAUCUAUAACAAUGAUCUUUCUAAAAACAUUUUCGACUUAGAUAUAACAGCUUAAGCUGAAGUAUAUAUAUUUUUAUAGAUUAUACUCGAAAGCUAUACUGUUAUUUUUUAUAGAACUAGAGGUUUACGUUCAUUCUUGUAUCGUUUGUGAUCACAGAGGCUUACGUUUAGUGCUUUAUAUCUCGUAGACGUAGACGGAGUGGUGUGAUUCGAUAGCAAUUGUUGUUUGAUGGACGUGAACGAUAUUGGAAAAUUAUAUAAUACAUAAUAAUAUAUAAUUUAUGAAUUUCAUUCAAAUUAUGAGAUUAAGAACAAUGUAAUAAUUGGUAAUAUUACUACUAAUUGCUCUAAAUGUACUAUCAAAUAUAUUAUACACAGUGUUAAAGAUCAUAAAUAAAAUGCUUUGAAAAUUUCCA